UCAAAACAAAAAACAGCUGACCAUUAUCGACGGUUGCUUUGCUGUCGGGUCGCAGUUCACAAAUAAAAACACUAUCUGUUUAUUGUUGUAAUACUACGUCUGGCCGUAAAUGUAUAAUUAAAAACAGUGUAGUUGACAGUGUAAAUUCAGAAAAACAACGCAAUUUAGGAACUUCUAUUAACUGACUCACCUCCUCUUCGGUAACUGUCUGCCUACACGCUUCUUCAUACCAAACGUGGCGGCCUCUACGAAUAAUAACAAAGAAAUGUCUGAAGUAAAUUUUGAAUGUAUACGCUCAAUCGAACCCAAUGCAGCAAACAACACACCCGUCACCGUCACAGCAUCUACCUCUAACACAUCGUCUACUGCAAUUACCUCAUCCACCAAUGGCAAUAGCUCAGCUACACAAACCCAACGGUCGCAAUCAUUUGAAAAUUCCGCAGAUGCUUAUCUCGAAGCGACGCGUAUUCUACUCGUUUUAAUUGAAAAUGUACUUAAAGAGCCAACAAAUCCCAAAUAUCGCACCAUACGUCUCGAGAAUAAAACAAUUAAAGAGAAACUACUCUCGGUGGCAGGCAUUUCGCAGUUGCUUAAUGCAAUUGGCUUCCAACGCAACGCUACAGAAUAUACGCUGUCCCAGGACGUAUCUUUAAAACGCAUUCAACAGUAUCGGGACGUUUUGCAAGAAAGGCGAGAAUCUUGGCUUAAAGGCACACCGCACACAAAUAAAACUGCGACUGGGCGGGAAACCCCAAAAGUGAAUGGCAACGAUAUGGCCUCAUUAAUAAAUGAACAAGGGCAAAGUGAACCACUGCGCCCAAUUAUCACGACAACUUCUUAUCAGCAGCGCAUUACUUUUCCACGUGUGUUGCAAACAAAUAAUGCUUUUCUACAAUCAUUGGAACUGCAAUCGGAUGCGGUUAUGCAGUAUGAAGAUGAUAAGUUGUUAGCAGCUGGGCGUGCGCUCAUCCCCAUCGAUGAAUUAACACAAAAAGCAAGCGAGAAGUUAAUUGCUUUUCAAGAACAGAUCGUUGCCAGUGAAUGUAAAGAAAAAGAGCCAUGCAUAAGGGAUCUGUUGGUGGUGGAACUGUGCAACUGGUUUAACACUGAGUUCUUUGAAUGGGUUAAUCAAUUGCCUUGUCGCGUCUGUGGCAGUGAAGAAAGCAAGCUGCAGCGCACACAAACCGAAGGUGAUCUACGCGUCGAAGUGAGCUUUUGUUGUGGACAAGAGACCAAAUUUUACCGCUACAAUGAUGUAGCACAGCUGUUAGUGUCGCGUAAAGGUCGCUGUGGUGAAUACGCAAAUUGCUUUACAUUUCUCUGUCGUUGUUUGGAAUACGAUGCACGCAUUGUAUAUUCGCGUUUUGAUCAUGUGUGGACGGAGGUUUAUUCAGAAAACCAAGCACGCUGGUUGCAUGUAGAUCCUUCCGACAAUGUGGUAGACUCGCCGCUGAUGUAUCAACACGGCUGGAAGCGACCCAUUGACUAUGUGCUGGCUUACUCUUGUGACGAUAUGCAGGAUGUGACAUGGCGUUAUGUCAAUAAUCAUAAGCAGACGCUAAAAACACGACAUCUUUGUGGUGAAAAUGAAUUGAUUGCCACAAUUAUAGCAAUACGAAAGAAACGCCAAGCAGGACUUAGUGCGGAACGCGUUAAAGCUCUGAGCCAACGUGCAAUGCUAGAGCUGUUUGAACUGACCGUGCAACGCCAACCUACGGAGGGUGAACUGAAGGGCCGCAGCUCUGGCAGUUUGGCAUGGCGUCAGUCUCGUGGAGAACACACAUACAAUAAUAUAUUUGUUUUCACUCCCACCGACGCUGAAGUAGCUGCCAAGCAGUUUAAUAUGCGUUACAGCUGCGCCAAAGACAUCUACGAGCGCUAUCUGAAAGUUGGCACUUCUGAUGUAACGGUGCUUCAGACAUACAAGACUUGGCAAAGUGCACAAUUUUCCUCCAGAAACAUUUUUCGCAAAGUGGAGCGCGAUUGGAAAAUGACAUAUUUGGCACGAGAAGAAGGGGCAGAAGAAGGUGAAAUCGUUUGGAAAUUCGACUUCAGUAGCGCUGGUUUGAAAAUCGAGUCAUAUAACUUGCGUUUCGAGCGCAAAACCUUUGGCGAAGGGCAAAUCGAAGUGCACGUGACUUCUGAUAACGGUAGUGCAAACAUUAUUGGUGCCUCAGUAUUCGAAAUAAAGGCUGUAUUAUCGGGCGGUAAGGGUGAUGUUGCUUGGCAGCAUGCUCAGCUAUUUAGACAAAGUUUAAACCAGACUGAGAGUCUAUUCGAUUUAGAAAUUAACUUCAUAUAAACUCCAUAUAUUUGUGCAAGAAAUUAUUGUAUUUUAACAUAAUAAAAAAAUGUAUAUUAUGAUUCCUAAUUAAUUGCUCGCGAGAUAGCGAAACAAAAACACUUCUUAAAUUGUGCAACAUAAGUACUUGCAUGUGUAUUGCAAAACAUAUUAACGUCGAAGUUUCAAAUGAAAACAUAAAUAUAUACUUCUAUUUGAUACAAUCUGAAAA